AUGGUUGGAAGACAGACGAUACGCAUGGAUAGUGGAAAUGGCCCAGUGACAGUUAUGGAUGAGAGUCCCACAUCUAGCCCCAGCUCCAGCCCCAGUCCUGACAUGCUGACCACCGACAGUCGGCGUCCGGAGGCCCUGCAUCACUCCAGGGUGGUCCAGGCCGGUGGGCUCGGUGGCAGAGGGCGACCGGCAGCAGCCAACGCAGCACGGGAGAGGAGUCGAGUGCAGACCCUGAGAAGCGCAUUCCUGGAGCUACAGAGGACUCUUCCGUCGGUGCCACCGGACACAAAACUGUCCAAGCUCGACGUGUUGAUUUUGGCCACCACGUAUAUUGCCCAUCUGACUCGGACCUUGCAAGAGGAGGGGAUGGAGGAGGGAGAGAGCAAUAGACAAACAGAGGCCUUACACUCGCUGAAAGGUGAAGGUUACCUGCACCCUGUGAAAAAGUGGCCAAUGCGAUCCAGGUUAUACGUCGGGGCCAGCGGUCAGUUUCUGAACAAUUCAAAACAGACAGAAAAUCAAGGCGCAUCAUCGUCGACCUCGCAGACAUAAAUCUAUCCACUGCAUAAGGGACUUCUAAUUCAGACGACCAUUAAUUAGUAAGACUCUUUCAGCUAAAUCCACCAAUGAGGACUUGUGAAAUGGACAGCAGAUUCGUCGUCUGACAGUGCUUAUUAUUUGUAUUUAUCAAACAACUGAAGUCUCGGCUUUCGACUUCAGUAUUUUCAUGUAAAGGAGACAGUCACGACUCUUUCAAUAGUAGGAACACAUUGUAAAUUAAUAUAUUAUGUGAUUAUGUAUAUAAAAUCUGAGAAAGCCUGAAUAUUGUUGCUCUUAUUUUGACCAUGCUGUGUUUCUGCUCUGCUUUCUGCUGUUCUGUGCCUGUUGGAGAUAUUAACGUGUGUAUAAUUUUUAGAAAUUCCGUGUCUGGUGAAAUUAACAUUUGCACUAAAUGCAUGUGUGAAUAACUUGACAUCUGUCAUGUGAAGUGAUCUGUCAGAAUCUCAGCAGUGGUAGGAGCCUCUUCAUCUUCAUCAGUUUUUUGAUAAUGACUUGAGGAAUAGAAAUAAGACAUGUCUCCCAUUCCAUCGGUUGUAAAUAAGUUUACUGAGAUGUAUUUGUUCUAAGUGGCCUAAAUAAUCAUGUUCUGUCAUUUAAGUCCAGCUUUAUCUCUUAACAAUCAAGAGGGAUUCCAUUUGAUUAUUUGCAUGAAAAGGGAAUUAUGAGUUGACAUUCAUUUUUUUGCAGUCAGAUAUAUAUUUUACAAAAAUGCACAAUUUUGC